UUCUUGUGCGCCGCAACUGCUUUUUGCCUUUCGUAAUUCGUAUGAGCACCGUCUUGCCUUUUCAACGUUUCAUUGAAUUGUCAGCAAGUUCAUACGACUCCCGCGUGCUGAGAUUACUGUUGUGUUCUAAAAACUUGUGUGACGACCGCUAGCCAUUCUGCGGAGUGUGCCGGCUUCUUCAAUGAUACAUCUUUAAAAAUGUUUGGACAAAAUAGACCCACUUUUGGAGCCCCAACAUCAAAUACUUUUGGCGGUUUCGGUACAAAUACAUCAACAGGAUUUGGGCAGUCUUCGUUUGGGGCAAAGCCAACUGGAACGGCUGCACCAACUUUCCAAUCUACAGGUUUUGGAUCAAAUACCUCGAUGUUUGGAAGCACAGGUACUACAACAAGCCAACCCUCGGGAGGUUUGUUUGGUACACCUACUGCCACUUUUGGAGCAGCACAACCUACAGCAGGAUUUGGAGCACCUGCAACUAAUACUGGCUUUGGAGGAUUUGGUGGUGGGACUUCAGGGGGGAGCUUAUUUGGAGCCCCUGCUGCUUCAACUGGUAUGUUUGGAUCUAAUACCCAACAAACUGCCCCUUCAACUGGUACAACUGGCAUGUUUGGAGCAGCCACCAAUACAGGAUUUGGAGCUCAAGCUAAACCUACAUUUGGCUUUGGAGCAACUAGUACCUCCAGUAGCUUGUUUGGACAACCCCAAUCCCAGCCCACUCAAACCACCUCACUUUUUGGACAGCCCACAGCACAAGCAACGCCGUCAACGGGUACUGGUUUGUUUGGGACAUCAUCUUUUGGUAACACAAUUGGGGGAUUUGGUGGUACUGGUGGAGCCAUUACUGGUACCCCAGUAAAAUUCAGUCCUCUAACAGGGACAGACUCUAUGAUGAAAAACAAUGUCCAAACGACAAUAAACACACACCAUCAGUGUAUAACAUGCAUGAAAGAAUAUGACAAUAAAUCUUUGGAAGAACUUAGAUUUGAAGACUACUCUGUAGGACGGAAAGGACCGACCCCGGGAACCGCACCACAAACUGGAGGAUUAUUUGGUGGGACCACUACGACUACCCAAUCAACUCCGUUAUUUGGACAAACUCAACAGACGCCCCUUUUCGGAACACCAGCACCCACUAUGGGACAGCCGAGCUUAUUUGGACAGCCUCAACAGCAACAAGCUCAACCUUCGGCCUUUGGAGCAAAACCCAUGGGGUUUGGUCAACCUGCUACUUCCACUCAAUCAUCAUUUGGUUUCGGGACGCCUGCACCUCAACAGCAACAACAGCAGCAACCCAGUCUCUUCGGUCAGCAACAACAAAAUAAACCUUUUGGCUCAUCGAUUUUCGGUCCCCAAUCUACGAGCCAACCCACUCCUGCUUUCGGGACACAAACACCCGCUCCCGCAUUUGGAUUUGGUGCCCCACAACAGACCAGUCAAAGCUUUUUCAACACUCCAAAGCCAGCAAUGGGAGUUCAGACUUCAACAGCAGGUUUUGGUUUUCCUCAAACGACAACCACUCAGUCCGCUGGAUCCAACAUCUUCGGUGCGAAACCAAUAACUGGUUUUGGAGCGACACCUACCCCUGCAUUUGGAACUACUCCCGCUCAAACAACGACGCCAGCGUUCGGUGGAUUUGGUACAUCAGGUACUACUGGAACUGGGUUGUUCACACCUGGACAAACGGCUUUUGGAGUCAAACCAGCCGGGCAAACAUUUGGUGCGGUGACAUCAACUCCGUCGACUCUAGGAUUCGGUCAAAAUACAAUGUUCGGCGGGGCAUCGGCUGCAAAUGCAAAGCCCAGUCCAUUUGGCGGUACUCCCUUUGGAAGUUCUGGCUUUGGCACUACACCUAGCUUUGGAACAGCUACUGGUGGGAUGGGUACUGGCGCUCCCGGUUCACUCUUUGGGAACACAAGUAUUGGAGCACCCUCAACUUCAAUGUCUUUCGGAACGACGCAGCCUACUACUGGAACUAGCAGUUCCCAGUUGCCUAUUCAUCAGUAUAUCUUGACGCUAAGUGAGAUUUCUCAGUCUAGUGAUCAUCCUCUCUUCCGGAAAAUGCUGGAACCGUCAGGAAAAACAGAAGAAUUGAUCAAAUCAAGCGCCCGUACCAGUUUGUCCAACGGGGCUGCACCAACUCCUCCUCAAUACCGUAUCUCACCCCUUCCCUCGAAUAAAAUCCGCACGAAAGCUUUGCUUAACGGAUCCUCGACUGGUGGUGGAAGACGUUCGAUUUUUGAAGGAUUGAGCGACGAAGAAGAAGGUGAGGAGAACGGAGCUGGAUCGGAAGCGAAAACAGAUUUCUUCGUACCUCGACGAAGUGUCAAGAAACUUCAACUGAAAGCCAUUUCCCUCGACACUACCGUCGAUACUGAUAAUAAGCCGGACGAUGAUGCUGAACCCAUCAAAUCAGCACCGUUAAUCACACCUUCUGAAGAAAGACCUGUUGUCCUAGACUCUCGACCAGAUCUUAGAGUCCGAGAAGAACUUGAUGAUAGUUUGACUGUGUUGAAGAUACGUAGACCAACUGUUGCGUUCCUUAACCAAUCAGCGAUGCUAGAACGCAGUAGUAUGCUGGAUGAAACUGGCCUUGGAGAAGGGGAAGUCACUGUUGCAGAGGAAAUCAGUGAAACAGUCGAAGAAGAAAUCGUGCCUCCUCACCCUGCUGGCAUAGUUUUACGUCGUUGCGGAUAUUCGACAAUGCCGACCAUGGAAGACUUGGCAAUCAAAGGAUUGGAUGAAAAUGGGAAGUGUAUUAUUACUUCGUUUUCUAUUAUUCGUCAGGGCUAUGGUCGAAUAUUUUUCGAAGGCCCUUUGGAUGUCGCGAACUUGAAUCUGGAUGAAAUUGUAUUGUUUCGCCACAAGGAAGUGACUGUAUACCCCGAUGAUUCAAAGAAACCUCCUGAAGGAGAAGGACUAAAUCGCAAAGCUGAAAUCACUUUGGACCGCGUCUGGCCUGUAGAUAAAUCCACUGGAGACUACAUCACCAAUCCUGAGAGAUUAGCUGUUUUGCGUUACGAAGAACGACUUGCCCGAGCUGCCCAUCGCCUACAAGCUAAAUUCAUCGAGUACCGACCUGAAACAGGAUCCUGGGUGUUUCGAGUGAACCAUUUCUCCAAAUAUGGAUUGGAGGAUUCUGAUGAAGAAAGUGAACUUCCAGCCGCUCCACCCAAAGCCGCUGCUGCUCUUCCAACUACACAAGGCCAGGCAGCUCAAACCACCGUCAUUGGUGCUGGUAUGGGAUUAGGAGGAUUGUCUGCGACUAUUGCUCAAGUCACCUCAAUGUCGAUGACAUUUGAAGAAGAUAUGGGUGUCGAAGACGAUUUGGUUAUUCCUCGGUUCGCUGAUGAGUUCGAUGACUCGGUGCGCGUCCAGUCACCUCCGCCCGUCAGUACGCAGUUGGCCAGAACAUUGGGCAUGCCUUCUCAGCGAGUUCAAAUUAUGAAAGCAUCUUUCUUCGAUGCCGAUAACGAUUAUAUGCAAGACGUUUCCAUGGGUAUUGGAAGCUUCUUCGAUCAAUCUGUGCGGAUGUCUCAGUCGAUUGCACCAAGAAAAGACAUGAGUCGCCUCUUCAAAGAUUCCCCUGCGCAGAGUCCAGGAAGCCUCUUCAAGUCUAGCGCCAUUCCUGGAAUCCAACAACCAGAGGACCUUAAUAGGUCGCAUGUACCGAUGGAUCAAUCCUUCACUGCCAUAGCUAAACUGCAACAGACUACUGAAAUCGAAAACUUGUCAACUUACGUCAGAUUGGAACACGCCCGAAAUUCAGAACAAUGCCGAAAAGUGGUACCACGAUUCGCCACAGCUGAGAUUCCCCUCUCUCGGUCCAUCAUUCGGGACAAAUUUGGAAUUGUUAUGGAUGCUUCCUUGUUCCAGAAUCGUCGGUCACGUGUAGGAUGGGGUCCCGAUUUGCAACACUUGGAGCUCUCGACCACAACUCGACUCUCACUAUUAUCGGUGAAAACGUCUGAUCUGAAGCAGAACAUCGAUCUGGAAGAGGAUAUUUUCAGUGUUGACAGCAAAAAUCCAUACGUUGUCUUACUAGCGACGUAUUUGAACUUUACAAAGGCAACUGUAGUUGACGGUGUGCCAACUCUGCGUCCAGUACCAGGAUCGCAAGCUGUUGGUUUCCUCAAAGCAGCCACCGAGAGCUUACUCUCCAAACUGAAGAACAAGGGCAAUCCGGAGGCGUUGCAGCUGCUCAACUAUAUGGGCAAAGUUUGGAAUCUUUGCAUCGCUCUUUGGGGUCCUUUGGACGUCGAGGCUGGUUCGCACGCGGAAACUAUGGCUAGGAAGGAAACUUUGACGCAGUGGCUGGAAGAAGCUACCAUGGAGACAAAUAUCACCGGUCUGAAUGAAGAAGAAGAGGUCUUGACUCUACUAGCUCGCCACGACGUUGCUGGCGCUGCUCGCCUUGCUCACAAGAACGGCGAAUACUAUCUGGCGUUGCUGAUUUCACAAGCAGGAUCGUCCCUGGCUUUCAAGGGAAUGCUUCAACGCCAACUGAACCUCUGGACGGAAAACCGCGCCGAUGCCUUCAUCACUCAAGAUCGUCUUCGCGUCUUUGCCUUAUUGGCUGGAAUCACCGUCUGGGAAACCACUGAGGGCAAGAUCAACACCUGUGAAGGAAUGGAUUGGAUCAAGGCAUUGGCCCAUCAUCUAUGGUACGUCAUUUCCCCGGUUGGGAGCAUCACUGACGCCUUGCUCGAGUACGAGGCCGCUUGCGGAAUAUCGUCAGAUCAGAACGAAGCUGAAAUCUAUGCCAGUGAGCCAGCUCCUUCCUAUUCACAAACAUCUACUUCGUUCAGAGACUUGUGUUUCCAACUGAUUUCACUCUACUGCCACCGUACGACUCCGCUGGAAAAGUUGGUCAAUCCUCUGAGCCACACAUGGAACGUAUGCGAAAAUGUUUUGUCUUGGUUGCUGUGGCAGCAACUCCAAGCCUUGGGCUACUCACAUCUUUCGGAAACUGCUGCUGCCCAGUUGUCAAUUGCGUUCGCUUCCCAGUUGGAAAAUUGUGGCCUCUGGCAUUGGGCCAUUUUUGUUGCGAUGCAUCUGAAAUCGUCACCGUCUUUCGUUCAAGCGUUUGUCGAAGACAUCCUCGGCCGUCAUAUCGGACAAGAAAAGGACGAGCAGUGCGAGCGUUUCCUGGUCGAAAAACUUUGCGUUCCGUCUCAGUGGAUCGAGAAAUGUCGAGCAGUUAAGGCGCUCUAUGCGUUUAAUCCGAAACUGCAGGCCACUUCCCUGCUUGCCGCUGGACUUUACAGCCAAGCCCAUGACGUCAUCUGUGAUGAACUUGCUCCGGAAGCUAUCCUGUCUGAAUCCUAUCAGGAGUUGGAGGAACUCUUGGCUCCCUUGGCUGACCCGGAACGAUUCAGUACGAUUGCCGAUUGGUACCUAAAGGGCAAGGUUUAUUGGAAUUACAUCACAGUCGUCAAAGCCGUAGAUCGAAUUUUAAAGCAGGAUAAUUCCAGUGAAAAGGGAAUGCAACUAGAAAAAUUAACACCAGACUUGACAUCUCUCUGCAACUUGGUGUCCUCUCUACCCGUACCCUCCGCCAAGCACAGGCUGGUUCGCACGGAAAUAGCCCAGAAAGCGGCUUACAUUUUGAAAAACGUUAUCGGACUCCAGUCGGUCAACGCAUCCGAGGAAAUUGUGGUCCCCCCUCGUUUUGUCCUGCCGCAACUCCGCCAGCUUCCUGUGACGCAGGAUUACUCGCUCUCAGAGCUUAACAACGUUGUUCGUGCGUACUUUCUCGAACUUAAGGUUUAAAUGGUGCCAAGUUCAAAGGAUCCUGUAUUUUUUUUUUUUUUUUAAUUUUCAAAAUUGUCUUGGGGAUCGACAGUGAAUUUGCGUCUUUCCCUGAUUUCAGAUUUUACAUUCUUUUUUAAAAACCACUGUGGAUGAAAGUGCAGCCACACCAAUUUCAUUUGUUGAUAUACCCCGCCUGUCUGAUGGUUGAAAAAUUGAAAAUAAACGAAUUGUCCCUUUGA